AUUUUUGUUCAGGCGGAGUUCGGAAAGCGCGCCAAACAAUAGCCAGUUUGAAAACGUGAAGGCAGCGGCCGUGUCCGACAUAACUUUGGUAACUGCAGUCAUGUCACAGAACGACACCUUGCACGACGAUGACCUUGAGAAAUCAGGGGAAGCCGUGAUUGAGUUUAUCAAGAGCAGUAAAGCGGAGAGUGUCCUGCGAGGAGCACGAGGGAAUCUGCAGGAAUUCUUUGACCAUCACAUCAAGACCAAGAAGACCACAAUUGACAUCUUAAAUGAUCUUGUGCAUGCAGAGGAGGUGGUCGGCCAAAAACUGCUCGAUUUAGAAGGACAGAAGACCCAGAUGAUGCUGGAGAUUGAGAAAAUAGAACAGGAAGUGCAGCGAAGCCUAUCCAAAAGUCAGAUACUGGAUUCAGAGCAGGAGUUUUUACAAAGAGAGCUGGAAAGACUUCGAGAUGCUGAGCAGGAGAUUCAGACCCUGCAACAGGAAGUGGAUGAGGACACAACAGAAGUCAUUCCUUCAGCCAUAUAUGUUGCUCAGCUCUACUUUAAAGUUACCAAAAUAAAGCUGGAGGUGGACACAGAGCCACAUAUACUGCGAGGAGUUCACUAUGGUGGGGAUGUGGCAGCCCCUAUCAACAUAGAUUCAUCCACCCGUUCUCCCUACGAGGUCAGCGAUGAGCUGUGGAGCCUGGUUAAUACUGAGUGGUAGACCUGGUACACACUAAAAUAUCACUUUUGCUCUUAAAAUGUUUUUCUUUUUCAGUUGGAUUUGUUUUUAUGUAUAUAUACAUGUCUGUUGAUAAUUUUAAUUCUAUUAAUAAAUUUGACCCAGUUUUGGUUGUCAUACCACAAGGUGUCACUAUACAUUCAUAUAGUUAUUUUCACAGGCUCAGACAGCUUUUUGUAAAUAUUUUAAAUUGAUCUAUUUGAUUUAAGGCUAUAGUUUCCACAGCUGAAUAAAUCUCUGGAUGAAUUUUAAAUGUGAAAUUACAGAUAUUACUGUACAGGAUUGGUGGACGCAUUAUUAUUAAAUUGAAUAUUAAAAGUUAUCCAGUGUUUUUAAAAAAUACAAUAGGGAACAAUUCUUUCCAUAUUCCACAUCUCAAAAAUAUUGGUUUUGGUUGAAUUUUGCAAUAAAGCAUGUGACCAA